AAUUCGGCGGUCACACUGUGGCCAACAAAAACAAUUUGUACAAAAAAAUUUUUCAAGACGACAACAUCGCGAACGCAUAUUUGAAGAUUGAAGAUAAAAGAUUGUGAAGAAAGUAAAUAGUGCACGGUUCGUUGUUUUUUGCGCUGCGAUUAACGCGUGUGCCUUUAAUGAUGUGUGUUAAGGCAUUUACAGCGCAAUUUUCAUGCGGUGGUGCUCGUGCCCCUCCAAAACUUAACAGAAAUCCAAUGCAGAGGCAGCAAGCAGAUACUUAUGCCUGCUCCCUGCUGCUGCUAAACAAUUAAUCAAAUAAUAAUGAUGACUGCCCAAGGUGCCAGUGGAAGUGAAUCGAAAUUAUAUUGCGCACAAUCAUCAUUAUUAGUACGAGUAUUAUGUGCAGUUGUCUGCGGAGGCGCGCAAAGUACGGCCAAGAAGUCGUGGACAGCGGAGCGCUGCUGCUGCUGCUCGACAUAAGGCACAACGGUGGUGCGUCGGUGCACAAGAAAGGCAAAAGAAAAACAAACUAAAACAAGGCCAAGAAGGCCAGAGAAAACAGAAAAGAAAACAAAAUACACAAAGUGUGUUCACCAUUAUCGAAGUGCUUCGCAUAGUCCCCCCCCUCCUAAGAACGCCACACACCUCCCCACUCGAUUCAAAUUACGUGGCUCGUGGCAGUGGACAAACCUGUCUGCAAAAAUCUGAAUCUGGAUAUACUGUACCGCGCACCCACCCCCGUGAACGGCACAUAGCUUCAGAUCCAAUAGGAAAAAAAGGAGUACAAGAAUCCGAGGAACAACCACCACCGAAAUGUCAUCGCUCAAGGUUGCCGUGAGGGUUCGCCCCUUUAACACUCGCGAGAAUGACAUGGACGCACAGCUCAUCAUGGAGAUGGAGGGCAAGCAGACGCGCCUGAUGAAGCCCCGGCUGCAGUCGAUCCGCGAUGCCGGACGGGACAAUCAUCAUGACUUCACCUUCGACUACUCGUAUUGGUCGUUCGAUGCCGAGGAUCCGCACUUUGCCACCCAGGAGCAGGUGUACAGCGAUCUCGGCAACGAUGUGGUCGAUUGUGCCUACGAAGGCUACAAUGCAUGUGUGUUCGCCUACGGACAGACGGGCUCGGGCAAAACCUUCACGAUGAUGGGCACGCCGAACAACCCGGGACUGAUACCGCGCAUCUGCGAGGAGCUGUUCAAUCGCAUGCGCGUGGGCCAGGAGUCGGGCACGGGCUAUCGCACGCAUGCCAGCUACCUGGAGAUCUACAACGAGCGGGUGAAGGAUCUGCUGGCGGCCCAGAGCACCGGACACGGGCUGAGAGUGCGCGAGCAUCGGAGUCUGGGCCCCUACGUGGAGAAUCUGUCGCAGCAUGCGGUCUCCGAUUUCGAUGAGAUUCAGGAAUGCAUUGCUCGAGGGAAUGCGCAACGCACCACGGCCAGCACAAACAUGAACGACACGAGCAGUCGCAGUCACGCCAUCUUCACGAUCACAUUUGUGCAGGCGGUCUUCAUGAAUGACAUGCCAAGCGAGACAGUCUCGAAGAUCCAUUUGGUCGAUCUGGCGGGCAGCGAGCGUGCCAAUGCAACGGGUGCGACGGGUCAGCGCCUGAAGGAGGGGGCGCACAUCAACAAGUCCCUGGUGACGCUGGGCAGCGUCAUAUCCGCGUUGGCGGAGCAGACGAGCGCCGCACACAACAACUCGACGCUGGCCACAACCCCGAACAGUGCCAGCAAGCGGGUGCUGUACAUACCCUAUCGCGACUCGAUUCUCACGUGGCUCCUGAAGGACAGUUUGGGUGGCAACAGCAAGACAAUCAUGAUAGCAGCCCUGUCCCCAGCGGACUGCAACUACAGCGAGACCCUGAGCACCUUGCGGUACGCCAAUCGAGCGAAGAAUAUCAUCAACAAGCCCACAGUUAAUGAGGAUUCCCAUGUGAAGCUGAUUCGAGAGCUCAGGGAGGAGAUCAACAAGCUCAAGUCCAUGCUAGCUGGUGACAUUCAAUCAUUGCAGCCGUCUCUCAAGGUAUUGGCCGAUCUCCAGAAGAAGGAGGCACAGGAGAAAGUGCUCACCGAAGAGUGGACGGAGAAAUGGAAGGUGGCCCAGUCGAUUCUGCAGGAGCAAAAGAGCCUGGGUCUGCGUAAGUCCGGUGUGGGCGUGGUCCUCGACUCGGAGAUGCCGCAUCUGAUUGGCAUCCACAACGAUGUGACCACCGGCGUGACCCUGUACAGCCUCAAAGAGGGAGAGACGCGCAUUGGCACCGAGGAGGCGGAGCUGUCGCAGGAUAUCGAGCUGGCGGGCGACGGAAUCCGGGCCCAGCAUUGCAGUAUCGUGCUGAAGGGCGGCGUGGUUACGCUGCAUCCCUGGCCCCUGGCCCAGUGCUGGGUGAACGCCCAUUUGAUUGACGAACCCAAGCAGAUCUCGCAGGGCGACAUCAUACUGCUGGGACGCACGAACAUCUUUCGCUUCAACAAUCCCGCGGAGGCGGCAAAGCUGCGCAAGGACUUGAGUCGAUCGCAGCUGGACAUGUCGCGACUGUCGCUGAUCACGUCGUCGAAGGAGAACCUGCUCACGUGCAGCAUUUAUUCGGACGAGGAUGGGGCAUCGCCCUAUAAGCGCCCCGAACGGCAGUAUUAUCCUCAGCGUCCCAUGUCGCGGGACGAUCCAGAGUUGCAGGAUGAGAAUCGCAAGAUUCUCGACACCAUCGAGAAUGCCUUGAAGCAGUUGAAUGUGGAACGCGUUCAGAUGCACGACCAAUACAAGACGAAGGUGAGGAAGCUGACAGAGGAACUGAUACGCCUGGAGCAGGAGGAGAUGGAUGGCUUGCAGCUACUGAAUUGUCGCGAACAGGAGCUGGUUGCCCGCAAGGAUAUGCUGCUGUGGGAGAAGACCAACGAGAAGGUUCAGAUGGGCAUGAAGAUCGAGGAAGGCACUCCUCUGAAUGACGAGCUGCUGUUGCAGGUCUCUGAUUCGUUGGAUCUGUUUGCCGCUCAAUUUAUUAAGGACACUGUUCGCAGAAAUAAUGAGGAAAUUCGUAAACUGGAUGAGGAAAUAGCCGAAAAGGAGCGCAUUCUCAAUGCCAGCACCAGCAAGAUAGCCAAAGUGGAUGAGACCAUGCUGGAGAUCCAAGCUCAAUUAGAACGACUGCGUCUGGAACGCGCCGAGAGCGAGGCCGAGGCGCAGGCGAUGCGUGCCAGGAAGCAGACUAUGAAGCUGCAGCUCAGCAACAAGUCCUUGUCCAUGUCCACCUCGACCAGCACAAACGAGGCAGACGAUGUGUCCAAAUCGGACACUUAUGAGACCUGUGAUACCUUCCAUACCGCCCAAUCGAAUUUCUCGCUUGUCUCAUCGCCCACCAUCACGGAGGGCCAACAGACGCCGCUCAGCAACUGCUCCUGCGAGGCAGAGGAUGAGGCGGAAGACACGCGCAAGGAUGACGACAUUUCAGGCAGCAGCGAGGAUGCCUCUCGCACCUGCACUGCCGGCCCAAGCAGCGGUAGUGGCAGUGGCUGCGGCAGUGCCAGCACCGGAGGUGGUGCACCCAGUGCAACGCCCAGCUCGCAGGCUAUUAUGAGCGACAGUGGCGUGUGCCUGGACAGCCGAACACAGGCGCUGCUCCAGAAUGGACACCUCAACAAUUAUAAGCAGAGCGUGCGCACCAGUGACGAGGAUACGGGCUCCUGCUCCUCCUGUGAACUAGGCCGGCACUCGGAUAACUCGCGUCCCUAUUGUCCGCUGCACUCGCUGCGCCGCAAGAUUGCCGCCCAGAAGGCAUUGAUCAUGAAGAACCUCGAAACGGACCUGAACAAGACCCAGUUGGAUGAGCAAAUUGCAGAUCUGCAGGAUCUGCAGAGACGCUACAUUCAAAUGGAGCAGGAAAUGCUCCAGAGCGUGCAGGACUUGGAGGCGCACGCCCAGUGCUGUGCCGACGAGCGGUCCGGAAUGGAGCGGCAGUACGAGCUGGCGAGCUCCAUUAUGCGAUCGAGUGUGAUGAGUCCCACCAGCAUGGAGGAGUCCACAUCGCAAAUCUAUCCACCCAGCAUGACAAGAUCCUGCCCAUCUAUGCGGGAGUUUCCGGCUGACGGCGAUCACUUCAUAACGAUACCCUCCUUUGUGAUGCGUGGAGCUGGCAAGCAGACGCACUACGAGUACGAGGUGCGCAUCGCCCUGCCCGAUGGCAAACUGAACAUUCUCCGACGCUACAGUCGCUUCCGGGAGCUGCAUUUAUGCAUGAAGCACUGCUAUGGAGCCAAGAUCUCUGCAUUACCAUUUCCACGCCGUGAGCUCUUUGCGUCGAACAGCGAGCCAGUAGCCAAGCAUCGUCGACGCCUUUUGGAGCUCUACUUACGUCGGCUUUUUGUGGUCUGCUCGAAGAUACCACAAUGCCCGAUAUAUGAGGGACCUGGGGGACCGGGCCUCACGCGGGCCUCACUCGUCCAGCUGUCGUCUUUUUUCAAGAAGGGCCUGUUCGAGAACGGGAAGCAUGGGACGGGAUAAUAGUUAACCUACUGCUGAAUUAUCUCCUGCCUACAGUGUGUCUUUUUAUUUAUUUGUACUACCUGUUAAGCUAUAUGAACGACAACAUGGACCUGUUUUGAGUAGCUAUCUCCCAAGUAUGUACUAAUUAGAGUAAUUAUAGAAAAGAGCGAAAUUAAAGUGUAAGCCCCUAGAUAUGUAAGACCACCAGUGUCCUUUCAACCACUUUUUUUUAUACAUAUAUACCAAUCGUUAUUAUUAUGAACUGUAACUGUAAUGGAGCUUUAUAUUAAACACACACACACACACACACACACACUUGAAACUCUAAAACUCUAAAACUGUAACUGCCAGUGGCAAUGUGUUGCAAUCACUGAGAUAAUUACUAGAACUAAGUGCAAAAAUAUGUCUGUUAAAAUGUCACGUUGAGAAUUGUUUAGAUUGGUUUGGAAUGGUAUGGUAUGGCAGAAGGGUAUGUAUUUCGAUUUUGGCCCAAGCACUGUUUAGCUGGCGCAUUUUAAUUAGUUAAUUAUUCCUCAAACGAUAGUUAAAUAUACAAAUACUUCCGAAAGUUAUUCCAGUUAUUAAGUCUGUGAUUAUAUCAAUUGAAAGUUAUCAACACUGAAUCUGUAACUGAAUCUGUAUCGUGUAUCCAAGCGAACACAAAUCCAACAACUGACAAACUCUACAAUCUACUUAGGCUUAAGAUAAAUGUAUAAACAGGAGCACUGUAGACGGGUCUAGGUGGGCAGAUAUUUGGCAGUAGGUUAUAUGAUUUAGCAUGUAAGAGCAUUUACACUUAAGCUGAUGAUUGUCGCAAUUAUUUAGUAAAUUAAUUAUGAGUACAACUACUUGAAAAUGAUGAAACAAACAUGAAAUGUUCAAUGUAAGGAAACGCGUUUAGAUACAAUACUUUAUAUACACACGAUUUAUGAUAUUAUGAUGAUUGCAAUAAGUGAAACAAUAAUAGCGUAAAUCCCCUCUCUCGGGCAGGCCAAUCCCGAUUUACCGAUGACAGUAGGUGUGCGGGUGUGCUGGCCCAAAAAUAUACACAAUAUACGUAAUUAUACACAACAAAAA